AUGGAUCUUGUCAUAGCCGCUGUCGCAGGUGAUCUCUCGAACCGUUUCAUCUCUUUCCUGAUGAACAAGUACGCAGAUCACGCGUGCUUGGAGGACAAGGUGGAGAGACUGCAACAGCUCUUGCUGAGAGUUGGCAUGGUUGUUGAGGAGGCAGACUCGCGGUACAUCACCAACUCUUGUAUGCUCAUACAGCUGAAGACCCUGGCGGCAGCCAUGUACCAAGGCCACCAUGCACUCGACACCAUCAAGUAUGGGAAACAGAAGGAUGUUGCAGAGGAAUUGGUAUGUGACGCAUUCGCCUUAUCUGUCUCCACUCCUUGCAAACGUUCUCGCACAUUCGGUAAACGUGCAACAAACAGGGUUCUCGAACCAGAGUUGCAAAGCGCGCUGCAGAACCUAGAGGCUAGUGUUGCUAACAUGGCGGAGUUUGUCGUGCUUUUGGGGGGAUGCGAGCGCAUCUCCCGUAGACCCUAUGAUGCAUAUCUUUACAUCGAUAACUUCAUGUUUGGUCGCCAUGUCGAGAAGCAGCAGAUCAUCAGGUUCUUGCUGCACCACAACACCCCUGGUUCUCCGGCCGUGCUUCCAAUCAUUGGUGGUGCUGGAGUUGGGAAGAAAACUCUUGUCGCCCAUGUAUGCGACGAUGAGAGGGUGCGUUCUCACUUUUCUGUGAUUUUGCACCUGAAUGGAGAUCACCUUUUCAGAAUGACAGACCAUGAAAGAUUGUCAGGGAGGAUAUUGGUAGUUAUUGAGUUUGUUUCAUAUAUAGAUGAAGAUGACUGGACAACAUUCUAUCAUUUUGUUAUGAACAUGGACAGGGGAAGCAAGGUGAUGAUCUUAGGUCGAUCCGCAGAGCUAGAGAAGUUUGGAACAGUUAAACCUAUAUCCCUGAAAUGUUUGGCAUUAGAAGAGUUCAGGUACCUGUUCAAGACACUCGCAUUCGGAAGUGCGAACCCAACAGAUUAUCCGCGAUUAGUCGCGAUGGUCGAAGAGUUUGUCAUGGUGUUGGGAGGGUCACUCAUCUUAGCAAAUGUGCUUGCAGAUGCACUGAGGAAAAAUCUAGGUGCCCGUUUCUGGAUGUACAGGUUGAACGCGGUCAGAGAUAUGGUCAAGGCGAACAUUUCUUGUUUUGGCGCCCAUCCACAGAUGCUUCUGAAUCAAGGUCACCCAGUGCACCUAAUCGGCGGCAACAUUUUGUCUCCUGCUGCUCCAUCGCGCGUUGUAGACUGUGCUAUCGGUAUGGCUAAUGCGCCGGAAGAUGGUCUACCUAGGAUUAUGUUUGGGGACUUAAUAUCAGCAGCAGGUCACCUUGUCUUACCCAAAGGAGAUUUUAGGCUAAUCUCAUGGGAAUCAAGGCUACCGCCUUACACACAAUUUAUUCACUUGGUGCACUCUGUUCCAAGCUGCCGCAAUGAUAAAACUGUAACACCCUUGUCAGGGAAGAAGCGUCCGGGUUUAUUUGCCUAACUUUUAUGUAAUGAUGUAUUUGAGUAGUAUUUUGUGAGACCUUAGGAGUUGUGCAUCCAGUGAAGCAUGCCAAUUGAAGGCGGGUCAUAAUUUUAAUUUGUCUAGACCAUCAGACCGUGUUAAUGUCUCUUGAGGAAGGGUUGUUAAUUGUUAUGGCAAUAUGGCCAACAUAAAAUUGGUAUAAGAGAUCAAAAUACUAGUGCAUAGAAGUCCAUCUGAAAAAGGUUAGU